AUGGCUCAAAGGAAGCCAAAUGUCUGUCCGUCCAAAAGAGGUUCAUGUCGAUUUUUUCCAGUCGUUCAUGUGGAGAAAGGUGUAUUGACUGAUAUAGAAAGCAAAGGGUUAAAAGAUAGCGUAGGCUUUGUGAGUCAACAAACGCCCAUUAAAGCUGCUUUAUCUGCAUCGAGAGAAAGAUCUAUUGAUGAAAAUUCAACCAGUAUUAUCCAAGGCGAUGGUAACGAACUAUGCUUGGUCAUAGAGAACUGUGAAUAUAGGUUUCACGCAUCUUGGCUACGAUUCUCUUGUCAUUGCCCUAUUUGCAGACAAGAACAUAGUAAUCAGCGUACUAUCGAAACGCGUUCUUUACCUGAAGAAUGCAAGCUAAUAGCGUCUAAAAUUGAAGGGCAUGAAGUGAUAAUGCAUUGGCAAGGCGAAGAGGAACAUGUCGGAAGAAUACCCCUCCAAUUUUUACUUGAACACGAUUAUUCCAAGCAAUCUAUUUUAGAGAAAAAACAGCAAACCGCAGUCCCUACAUAUAUGACCAAACUAUCCCAUGUAAAGUAUGAGGAUAUCCUUGGCAGCCACGAAAGUUAUCGCCAAUUUUUAAUGAAAAUCGCUGAAGAAGGUUGCUGUCUUGUCCAAGGCACACCAACUGAUGUUGGAAGUGUUGAAAAGAUUUGUGAACAAAUCGCACCAAUUCAGCGAACUAUAUAUGGAACGGUUUUCGAUGUUGUAGCAACACCUCAACCGAUUAAUAUUGCUUAUUCAUCAGUGCCUCUUGGCUAUCAUAUGGAUUUAAUGUAUUAUGAAUCACCUCCGGGAAUACAGGUCCUACAUUGUGUCAGGUUUGAUGAGUGUGUGACUGGUGGUGAAUCGCUGCUACUGGAUUCUUUUUCAGUAGCUGAAGAAUUAAGAUUACAAUCUCCGGAGGAUUUUCGUAUUCUAUCGACUAUCCCUGCUACAUUUCAGAAAAUUCACUUCGAAAGAGAAUUUCCAGUAUCUAUGAGAUACCAAAGACCACAUAUUGUCUUAAAUCAUGAUCAGGAGGUGGUCGCGGUAAACUGGAGUCCAUCAUUUGAAGGUCCCCUUUGCGUAGAUGAAAGUUAUGUUGAUUCGUAUUAUAAAGCUUAUAGAAAAUUUUCUAGCAUCAUCGAUAAAUCUAACCAUGAGGUACAGUAUCGAUUACGACCUGGCGACAUGUUAAUAUUUAACAACCGGAGAAUACUACACGCUCGUAAAGGAUUUGCCUUAAAUGGUGGAUCAAGACAUUUACAAGGUUUAUACUUGAAUAUUGACGAAUUUAAAAGCCAGGUAGCAGUUGCCAAUAAAUUAGCCGGGAUACAUCGGUUACUCCCCAAAAUUGGCAAUCAAUGCUUUUCUUAA